UUGUUAACUUGGGCUAGGAUGUAUAACACAUGAUAACACACAAAUAAACCGUCAAAAGGUUUAUUUCUCCCGAAUUUUGACAGAAAGAAAAUAAGCGCGCGUUAUCUUUGAAUUUACAACAAUAAGCUGACGGUGGUUUGCUGAAGUGCAACAAUGGAAUUAUUAGGAAGCAGCGUGCGCCACCGCGACUCGCCGUGAUUGGAAAAUGUUCAGAUCAGGAUCGAGAAGACGGUGAUGAAUUGCGGCUAAUUUUUGCGUGCUCACAAUGUUGGGGUGCGGUCACAAGUCAUCCCUUGUGUUUCACGUGAAAUUCAAGAAGGGCGAAUAAAGUUUCCGAUCAUUUAGAUGACGGUGCGACGCCGUAGGACGUCAGGUCAUGGGGGCCUGCCUCGGCCGCUGCUUUGCCAAUGUCACCGACCUCACGCCCUUCAGGUCCUACCACAGACAUUCUGGUAUGUCUUUCCAAGAGGAUGAAACUGUUGAAUUCAGUCAGUUUAUGGAUCAGGAUAAUGAUGUAAACCAAUCCACAGGAACCAAAAGCCUACUAUCGUUUCUUUCUCUGAAACGAUUCAAGAAGAGGAAUGGGGCUCCUGUGGCUUUGGAGUUAGCAGAGGAUGGAGGUUGGCCAAGGGUUUCCAAAAAAUAUGCAAGACUAUCCUCAAAAAAUAAUGCUUCAUCAAGUUCUGGUUUGGAUACUCCUCUUCAGACUCUUGAUGCAAGGAACCUAAUGAAACACCAAGGAUGCAUUUCGUCAACUCCUGGUUCUUCCUUAGAUCUCGAAUGGGAACAUGAAGGAAUGCCAUUACCUGUGACGGAUGAUGACAGAGCAGAAAGUACUGAUGCUUCAUUGACUCAGCCUUCAGCAAAUAAUAGUCAACCAUCUAGUUUAACAGCAUCACCUUGGUCAAGAGUGUCAACCCCAAAUAGUUUAGAAUGGGAUCCUGUCGAAGCAGAUAUGGUAUGUGUGGACGUAGAGACUGAGCAAUUAUUAACGGAAAUAGAAAGAUUAACGGAUAGAGCGUUAAAGGAAACGGGUGAAUGGACUAGUACCAGCUGAUAUAAUACUAAAAUGGAAAAAAAAACUAACUAUGUUUAUCAGGGGCUGUUUGUAUUUUUGUAUACUACUAGAAGGUGCUCGAAGUGCGAUGACUUCUCUUCGUUAUAAGAAAUAUGAUCGUCAUUGUUGAUAAUGAUCGCGCAUUUGACUGGACUUCGUUUGAGACCAAAGAACUUAACAGAGACUAAAUAUUCAUAUAAUUAAUUUAUCACAUCGAAUUGAAGGAAACGACAGUGAUAUCACGAAUUACAUUGAGCCAGCUGUUAUUGAAUAAAAUAAAUAACACAAGAAUACAAAUUAGUAAGUGGUAAAUAUUGCAUUGAAUCAAUAUUAAAUAUCAAUUACCCGACGGGAUCUGAGAAUAGUAUCAUUACCUCACCGAGUAUUAAUAUAUAAAAAGUUUUAAUGUACUUUUCGAACUGUAUUUUUUUUAUUUUAAAUGUGCCACAAUUCUUUUCAGGAAUUGAGACUAUUGAAAUGAUGAAAAUAACAAAUAUAUAUUAAUAAUAUCUUAUUGGCAUCUACUGAAAAUACCACUUGUACUAUUAGUUUCAUAGUGAGCCACAGAAUUAAUCGAAGAGUUGAAAAAUCCAUUCAAAUGACAGAAUAGCCACUGCGUAACAGCGACAAUUUAUGAGAAAAUAUUCAGAGUAGCAAUGAUAAGAUUAUUACUGAUUAUUAGGUUAGUGUACAGAGACAUUUUCCAAUAAGAAUGGACUGUUGUAUCAUAGUUAGAUAGCUGGUAUGUAAAUUCUAUUAAAAAAUUGCAAGGAGUGGAUGAUUGCUAUUACCAAAUAGGUUGCCUUAUGAUAUAAAAAAUAGAGAAAGCGAGAGAAUGUUAUUAUCUAUUCUAUUUUAUGGUUAUUGCACUGCUUAAAAUGUACAUUUCGUUGCGCACUUGUACAAAGGGAUAUUUAGGUAUACUUUCUUGUAGAGAUAGAUUUGGAUUUUUAGCCUAAUUAUAAGCAGUUGAUACAGCUGUAUAAAUAAUAACGUUAAAAACAUCACUAAUAACAGUAACUAUUAUAUAAGAAUAGUAUAAAUAAUACAAUAAGUAAAAUGUUUAGAGUAUAUGAGAUAAAAUAUGAGAAGCUUUGACUCUGUAUCAGCUGUUACAAGGGGGGUAUCAAUGAAUUUCCAAUAAUCAUCUAAAAAACCAUGACAAGGUAAAGUAUAGAUUCUUGCAAAACGCUUCGAGUCCCAUUAAUCUCAGCUACUCAGUCAAUUAUUUGUAAUGUAUUUCAUGAAGAAGCAGCUAAUAAACAAAAAGGGAUUAAUAACGUUUACGAUUGAAAUAUUUAUAACUUCACAAUUUGUUAUCGCGUAGCAAGGAGUUUUGUGUUUUCCUGCUGUUCGUGAUUUUUUUUCCAUUGUGUAUCAUGAGGACAUUGAUUAAUUACGCUGUUAUCGAUUCAAAAUGACUGGGACCAACGGUGACGCACGCAGUCAUGCGCUGAAUUGAAAUAUCGAAUUUCAUUUGUUAAAUUAUUGUGUAACAUUGUACAAUUCAAAGUGACGAGGCGCACAUAUUUUAUUUUUAUUCGACCUCCUGCAUAAGUCAUGAACGAAUGAAUAUUUCUUUUUUACAAUAUAUUUAUAGAAGGAAUUACAAAUUUUACCACUCUUGGCUUCUAAAACACGAUUGAAUGUGCCUAGAAGUUUAUAGUACAGGGAAUAAUUACGUAUGCUUCUUGUACAAAUAUGUAUAGAAUAAUGUUUUGAGCUUUAAGCGUGCUAAAAUUUGUAUCUGGGUUAGACAAGUUCUCGACAAUUCAUGGGCCAUUUGUGCUGGACACAUAGCAGAGUUAGAAAAAAAAAGAAUUCAGCGUUAUAUCGAAUUUAUAUAGGGCGAUGAAGUCUUUGAAAGAUUAGUAAAUGUAGCCUAAAAACUAUAAGAAAGUUUUGUGACAACUGUCAGCGUAUAUACUAAUAAGGACUUAUCUAUAUCGCAUCGAAUUUUUGCGUCAAGUGAUAAAAUAGUGCAAAUUAGCAUUCCAUUAGUCUCCACCUAGAUGGCCCGAGGAUUAAUCGUAGAUAUCAUAUCAAGUUUCUAGUCAGAUAUUAAAGUAAUCCGCUAAUGACGUGACGAUGCACGUGAGAAUAAUGAAAAGUUAAAUCAUUUUUGGGGUAUUGUAAUGAUU